AUGUCUCAGGCAGACACUCCAGAUUCCACAGAAACCUCCGAAAACCCAAACACUAUUCACCAAACCCUAACCAACAGUGAAAACCUAACCAUUCUCACCCCAAAAAAACUUUCCCUUCACCAAAACAACAAAGCCUCCUCCAAAUCUUCACCGGCAAUAACCAUUCCAAAAACUACUCCUAUAGACAAAACUCAACACAUCCAACAACCUUUACCUAAUCAGAAUAGCACCCCACCCAUCCAAAUACCUUUGCCCAAACCAGCCCCUGAAACAUCUACUCCUAACCUGGCAGAGAGGUUACGGCACUUCGCCGAUAAAUCCCUUCGGCGAUUAGCUCCAGUUACCUUCUCUGAAAAAGGAACUCCUCGUGUGCUUAUCACUGAUGAUGUCUUUGAGGAAGGAGCUGAGCUUCACAAGGAUUUCAUUGUCUGCUACUUUAACGGCAGAGCCCCACCCUACAGCCAAAUUCAAAGCGUGCUCAACCACAUGUGGGGAAAAGGCAAAAAACUAGAGAUCCACAACAACCCGUUGACUAGGUCCCUAAUAGUCAUGAUCCCUAGCGAGUACCUGAGAACAAAAAUUCUGGAGAAAGGGGCCUGGUAUGUUGGUGACUCAAUGUUCCACACGGCAAAAUGGACCGCUGGUCAUUCAAAGGAAAGCUCCUCCUCAGCUACGAUUCAACUUUGGGCUCACCUGACUGGUGUUCCGCUAGACCUGCGCCAUCAAAAAUGA